UCGGAAUCGCGGAAAUGGUGAAUAUUCCGGCGAGGUUCGGAAGGAUGGCUGCGGCCUUUGACGAGAUGUCGAGAGAUAGGUCGUUCGAGAGCAGCGGCAGCGAGCACUCCGCCGAUUUGUCCGAUCUCGUCAAUUCCUUCUUCGAGAGAGAAAUUAGGGAGCAGAGAAUCGGCGGAGAUGGUGAUCGAAACGGAAAUCAAGUUGAGAUCGACGAUGAUGAAUUUGAGAGUAAUUCGCAGGAUUCCGGAUUUCAUGAUUGUUUGAGUAAAUUGUUUGAUCGCGAUGACAGUGUAGGGAGAAGCAUUUCUACUGCGGUGGAGAAGGCGUUGGAAGUCGUCGUCGGCGAGGAUUCGUCGCCUGAAUUCAAUCGGCGGCUAAUGGCGCUAUUGCGAAGUAGUGGCUUUGAUGCUGGCAUUUGCAAAUCAAAGUGGGAGAGGAGCGGCGGUCAACCGUCGGGGAGUUAUGAGUACAUAGACGUGAACACAGGCGGCGGCCGCUACAUAGUUGAAGUUUCCUUGGCCGGAAAGUUCACAAUCGCGCGUCCGACCGCUGCCUACGCAGCGUUGCUAAAUGAAUUUCCGGCGAUCUUCGUGGGCAGACCAGAGGAGAUGAAGGAAGUGGUGAAGCAAAUGUCUAAGGCGAUUAGAAAGUCGAUGAAGAGCGUCGGCCUAAACGUGCCGCCGUGGCGGCGCCUGAGGUACAUGCAGGCCAAGUGGUUUAGCUCCUAUAAACGAACCACUAAUGAAAUUCCGAGAGCGGAGGCGUUCAACGGUUUGGGAGGGAAUAAAUCAGUUGGUUUUGCGGCGACGGAGCCGGUUUUAUUUGUCUGCAGAGAGGAUUUUGCGGCCAACCACGGCGUUAGAGUUGGUAAUUUGGCUGCGGCUUUCAAAUGCUGAUCUAGUUAGAUUGAAUCAAGAACA